AUGUCUGAAACGAAACGCCAAAAAAUCGAGACACCCACCAUGAGAAUCUGCACACAUUCAGGCUCUUUUCACGCCGACGAAAGUUUGGCCAUUUACCUUUUGCGUCUUUUGCCAAAGUUUUCACAAGCUCAGUUGGUCAGAUCCAGAAACCCUGCUGACUGGGAAACCAGCGAUAUUGUCGUUGACGUGGGAGGAAAAUAUGACGGUGGUCAUAAAUGGUUUGACCACCACCAGAGAGACUUUAACGAGCAGUUCUCUACGCAAUACAAAACUAAGCUUUCGUCUGCUGGGUUGAUCUAUAAGCAUUUCGGAAAGGAGAUUAUUCAGGAAGUGCUCAAACUCCAAAACCAGGGCGAUGUCGAGAUGCUCUACGAAAAAGUGUACAAAGAGUUCAUUGAAGCUAUUGAUGCCAAUGACAACGGUAUUAACAACUACCCUUCGGAUGUUGAGAAAAAGUUCAAUGACAGAAACUUGACUCUUCCGUCCUUGGUUUCGCAGUUGAACCCUCGCUGGAACACCAAUCCCGUGGACAAAGAUUUUGACGCGGCUUUCACACAAGCGAGUCAAUUGAUGGGACUGGCCUUUUUAAACUUGGUAAAGGGCUACGGUGAGUCGUGGUUGCCUGCAAGAGACAUUGUUGAAUCCGCCUUCAAGACCAGAUAUGACGUGCACGCAUCGGGUGAGGUGAUUGUCUUGGACAAGUUCUGCCCAUGGAAAGAACAUCUCUAUGCGAUCGAAAAAGAAAACAAUGCACAGGGAGAGAUCAAGUUUGUGUUGUUCCAGGAUUCCAGUGCUUCGUGGAGAAUUUCCACCGUGUCCAUCUCUUCGGCCAGCUUCGAGUUUAGAUUCGGCCUUCCUGAGCCAUGGAGAGGAGUCAGAGACGAGCAAUUGUCUGAAUUGACCGGUGUUGAUGGAUGCGUGUUUGUUCAUGCCGCUGGGUUCAUUGGUGGUUGCAAGUCCAGAGACGGUGUCAUGCAGCUUGCGAAAUUGGCCUUGGACUCGAGGAAGUAA